CUGGUAUCAACAACUAUCGAGCUCGAAAGCCGCCCGAACCCGAACGCACCCCUCGGCGCCUCGCCCGCAGCGUCCGGCCGGGCCCGCUGGGCACCCGCGAGGACCUGCCAGGCUGCAGACCGACGCCGCUGCCACACCAGCGGCGGCCAAUCGCCGCCGCGCGAAAGAGGCGACACGCUCGAGCACGGCAGCGGCCGCGCGAAAGAUGCGACACGCUCGAGCACGGCAGCGGCAAGCUCGUCGCAGGCAUUCGUGAUCCUCGGACCCGCCUGGCGCCACGAGCACAAUAGGCGCCGGACUCGGCGGACCAUUGGGUCCCGAGCCGCAUCGGGCGACAGCCACUGCAUUACUGCAUCCCCUAGUAGGCCGUGCACAGAGUAUACGCGCCAGGGGCGUUCUCACAUCAACAAUGAGCAGACGCAAAGACCCUCGCGAACGAGACACCACGAGCCACACGAGGACCCGCCACUUCCCGCCACCUGCCUACGAGGCCGCACUUCGACGCUGGGUGGCGCCACGAGCCACAGCAAACUACUGCUGCUAACACGACGUUUCCGUGGGCGGCCCAACACCGCUCAAGCCACGAACGCGGGGAUAGCCCCCGCGAGCGGCUGCAUCAGCGCCGCCACGCCCUGCAUGCCACCCUCAGCUGUGGGGGGGGGCACCCCGUCAGCUGGCAACGGGCCGUCUGGCGCCCCAUCCAGACGUGCACGUCGCCGCACGAGCGGUUGUACUCGCACCGCGGACCGACGGCGCCCUCCAGGAAAUCUAGGGAGCUCCUUCGAGCGGGACGAAGAUGGGCACCCCGGCCCUGAAGCUGCUCGGCGCCGGGGCAGACGUAGCCACAGCACUGAUGUCGGGCGCGGUGUCUGACUGCGCCUCGAUCGCGGCGUCGGGCCGCACGACGACCAUGGCCCCAACAAACUUGUCGGCCUUGGAGUCGGACGCGGGCGCGGCGGCGCCCUGGUCCUUGGCGCCCUUCGGCUCGGAAUCCUCGCCCUCCACCUGCAGCCAGCAACGCCCGCGACAGGAGGAGGAGGAGAGCGUGGCGCCGCACGUACAAAGGGCCCCGAUGCGCGCCACCAGCGGCCUCGCCGCGCGAGCGACAGGUUGCCGAACUUCGGGUCGUGCACUGCGCUGUCAAUUCCUGAGCUGCUGCGGCGAAGCCCGCGCAACGUCAGCGCCUGCAGGAACUUUUGCGUGCAUGGCAACGUUGCGCCCAGUUGGUCUGUGUGCUCCAGAAGGUGGCCCGCCAGCCUCGCCGCCAGUGCGGGAAUGAUCGCGACCACUCGAUCCUCGACCUCGGCGUCGCCGACGAGCAAGGUCACCGCCUCCUUGAGCACUGGGCACUCCUGGGCAAGGUGCUCCUUGUCCAGCUGGAGCCUCUGGAUGGCCCGGUCAGCUGCAUGACGAGCAGCUUGGCGGGCGGCGUUCCGCUGCUCAGCUGGCUUCCAGGGACGCCUGCAUGGCGUGCCCUCCCGCGCCGUCCUCAAGCCUCCAGCUCUCACACCGCUCACUAGCCUCCAGGCCCCCAGCAGCAUGCCGCGGCCAUGGGCGAAAGGGCAAUGGAUAAAUCAGAAAAAAUGAGGCUCGAGUCCAAAUGGCU